AUGGAAGGCAUUCUGUAUAUCCCACCAGAUCGGGGGACCAUCAUAGGCCGGGCUCUGUGGAAAGCUCGUUAUGUCGUUGUUGGUCCCCCCCGAGAAGCGAAGCAGAAGCCUAGCUCUUCUGCAGCCCAGUUCAAGCCUUCUGCCGGGCAGGCCCCUGCGCCACGAGCUACCACACCACACAGCCCACCAAACUUCUCACCCGAGUCGAUGUUCAUAUCCAUCUAUAAGAACAAGGAUGAAUCGGAACCGUGCCAGCAGCUCGCCCUCAGCUCCAUCACAGAGUGUCAGGUGCAGAUGGUCACCCACCGAAAACAGGGCCCGAUACUGCCGACGCUCGUUAUCACCGUCUCGCCCGACCCCGUUGCCGAGAAGCUCCGCAAGCGCCGGUCCAGCCGCUCUGCUGGCUUUGCCUCCUCGAAAGACGCUACGCCCAACUGCAUGUGGUUCCGUCCUGGCGACGAUAACCACCAUACCCACAAACACAUACUACAGGAGUGGUGUCAGGUCAUCCACUCGCUUUUACAGCAGCCGAUUUCGGCCCCGUCCGCGUCAGGCACAUCUUCUGUCGUGGCUGGGCCUACAGCUGUUCUGAGCCCUAUCACACCUGCGACACCUACCUUUACGAACCCCUUCGCCUCUUCUGGCCUUCGGAGCCGUGAGAUGUCCGAUCCUACUCUUCAGCAGCAGCAGCUAGUGCACCGACCUGGAAGCGAUACACAUGCUGCCAGAAUAAGUGGCCUGAGCCGCAAGGCGUCAAACCAGACCACCCAGACGUACUCGAGCCGCGAGCGUCCUGCGACGACAACUUCGGGAUCUCCGAGUCUGAAGUCGCGCCGCAGUGACUUGUCACAUGCCAGUUCCACCGUACCGUCACAUCCUUCGUCUGCCUUUGUUGGCAGCAGUAAUAGCGGCAACAGCUUUGCGCUUCCGAUGUUCCAGCACCGUCCAGCCGAGCUGCCUUCUCCCGCCACGACCGUCGGUGAGUUUCAGGGCGACUUCGUGGAGGGCUGGGCGCCGGUCCAAGGUCGAUCUUCAGCCGUGAGCUCGCCCAUCCGUGGCCGCGAAAGCAUCAGUUCGCAGACGCCGCAUCCGUCAGUAACUGCACCGGCGUCGGCGGCAAACUGCAGCUCCCCAGCGCCCCGAGAGACAAUUCUGGACCGUGCUUUUCAGAUGCGCUUCAUACCUGGCUAUGACCGGGAAGUGCCGGGCGAGGAGAAGCUGAGCUCCCUGGCGCGCUUCGACGCACUCAUGCGAGAGGCCGAAGAGAGAAGGCGGCUUAAGCAAGCAACGAUAGUCGCGGAUGCUCGUGCUCAUGAAGUCGUACCGGCAGCUCGUCCUAAUAAUAUAGCACCUAAGGCGCUGAAAGCACUCGACUUCAUCGCCAACCACCGCAGCGAGGCGCAGCAGGCCAGACAGAUCACAUCGCCGACAUCCCCUAUUGCCGGGUCCGCUCGAGCAAAAAAUGCCUCAUACCGGCGGCCGAUGAGCCGCACUGGUCCGGCCGACUACGAUGCGCAGGCACUCCAAAUCUUGAACAGUGGGUAUCAUUCUUCUUCCGCGCAGCAGCAGCUCUCACGGCCACAGACCGGCUACGCUCGUGACCGCCCGACAGCAACUCAAAGAACACACAGUCAACCACAACUCGCGGCGCUGAACACCGGCAGCCAUAUAGGCCAUCGACAGCACUCAUUCCUGGCCGAACACCCGCCGUCGCCGUUGUCGCCGCCAUCGUCACAGCGGCCGCCUGAGGCGUCGUCGGUGUCACCAACCCCGACGGCAAACGACAUCCGGACAAAGCUGAUGGGCGGAACAGUGUCGUUCUCGUCGCCUCUGCACCGGUCGGCCACUACGGCAGCCGCGACAACGUCCGCUGCUGGUGGACAACCCACCACUGUCACUUCUCCUGUCACUCCGGGAAUGACGCAGUCGGCGACGAACAACAAGCGGCUGAGCUUCACCGACUUCACAAAGCGCAUAACUACCAGCACCUCCAGCUUGCUAUUGCUGCAGACGAACGCUAGUGCCACAGGCCUGGUGUCGGAGGCGGAUGCUGCUAGAAGCGGAGAGGUCACGAAUGCCCGAAGCUCGGAGAGGGGCAGCCUAGGCCAGGGUACAGUGCACACCCGCCAUCACUCGAUCUCCCAGGUGGUGUCGCCGCCGCCGCCACCACCACCACCACCGAUUGGCGACCGUUGUGGCUGGCGCGGCAGCGUAGGGGUUCUCAAUGGCGAAGGCGGCUUUUCGUAG